AUGGAGAGAUUAGCUCAAUUGGCAUUACAUUCCACUUCGGCAGUUGGUGCACCACAAGCUCCAGCCCACCCAUUGGAUCCUUUGACCCCACAAGAAAUCAAGUCAGUAUCUACCCUCGUCAAGAGCAAAUACAACAACAAGGCUCUCAACUUCAACACAGUUACUUUAAGAGAACCAAUCAAGAGAGCCUAUUAUGAAUGGAAGGAAAAGAACGGUCCUAAACCACCUAGAAUUGCUUAUUUCGUUAUUGUGGUUGAUGGUGACAAUGGGGUUCACGAAGGUUUGGUUGAUAUUGGUGCUCAACAAGUCAUAGAAAUGAAACACACUGAGGGAGUUCAACCAAUCUUGACUCCACAAGACUUGCAAAGAACUGAGGAAAUUGUUCGUAAUGAUCCAGAAGUUAUCAGACAAUGUGAAUUGAGUGGUUUACCUUCAAACUCGAUGGAUAAGAUCUACUGUGAUGCUUGGACUAUUGGCUAUGAUGAGAGAUGGGGAUCGUCAAAGAGAUUGCAACAAGCCUUGAUGUACUACAGAUCAGAUGAAGAUGAUUCUCACUACUCCCACCCCUUUGAUUUCUGUCCUGUGGUGGAUAUGAAUGCUGGUAAAGUUAUUUACAUUGAUAUUCCACAAAGAAGAAGACCAUUGUCAAAGUUCAAGCACUCAAGCUUCCAUCCAAAACAUAUUGCUGAAAAAUUUGGUACCAAAGAAAACCCAUCUGGUUUCAGAAACGACAACACCCCAAUCAAUAUUACUCAACCUGAGGGAGUUUCAUUCAAACUUAAUGGGCACGUUAUGUCGUGGUCUAACUUCAACUUCCAUAUCGGUUUCAACUAUAGGGAAGGUAUUGUUUUGAGUGAUAUGACCUACAACGAUCAUGGAAAUGUGAGACCAUUGUUUCACCGUAUCUCCCUUUGUGAGAUGGUGGUUCCAUACGGUUGUCCUGAUUUCCCUCAUCAAAGAAAGCACGCCUUGGAUAUUGGUGAAUAUGGUGCUGGUAACUGUACCAACCCCUUGGCGUUGGGUUGUGAUUGUAAGGGGGUUAUUCACUACAUGGAUGCUCAUUUCCCAAACAAGGAUGGUGAUGCGGCAACCGUUAAGAAUGCCAUUUGCAUCCAUGAAGAAGAUGAUGGUUUGCUUUUCAAACAUUCCGAUUUCAGAGAUGAUUUUCAAACCACUGUUACUACCAGAGGAAAGAAAUUGAUUAUUUCACAAAUUUUCACUGCUGCCAACUACGAAUACUGUAUUUAUUGGAUCUUUAGACAAGACGGAACUAUUAAAUUGGAAAUUAGAUUGACUGGUAUAUUAAACACCUUUGUUUGUGCUGAUGAUGAAGAUAUUGGACCAUGGGGUACCAAAGUUUAUCCAAAUGUCAAUGCACACAACCAUCAACACUUGUUCUCAUUGAGGUUGCAUUCUAGAAUUGAUGGAGAUAAUAACUCAGCUGCAACAAGUGAUGCUAGACCUUCACCAUUCCCAACCGGAUCAAAUGAAAACAUGUACGGUAAUGCUUUUUACUGUGACAAAAAGACUUUCAACACGGUCAAGGAUGGUAUCACCAAUUUCGAAAGUGCUACAGCUAGAACAUGGGAUAUCUUCAAUCCAAACUCUGUCCACAAAUAUUCUGGUAAGCCGGCAACAUACAAAUUGGUUUCAACUUUCUGUUCACCAUUGUUGGCACAAGAAGGUUCAUUGGUGAGAAAGAGAGCACCUUGGGCAGCCAACCACACUCAAGUCCUUCCAUACAAGGAUGACGAGCAUGGAUACGGCUUGUUGUAUCCAUCAGGAGAUCAUGUAGCUCAAUGGAGUGGUGACGGGCCAAGAGGUAUGAGAAAAUGGAUUGGUGAUGGAUCGGCGAACAUCAACAAUACCGAUAUUGUUUUCUUCCACACAUUUGGUAUUACUCAUUUUCCCGCUCCGGAAGAUUUCCCAGUUAUGCCAACCGAAAUUUUUGACUUGCAAUUGAGGCCAAGAAACAUUCAUACUGAGAACCCAGUAUUAGAUGUUAAACCAUCAUAUGCUAGAACUACAUCGGAGGUCAAAGCUGGAGCUGCUGGAAUUGACACGUGCAGUUUGAAUGUUGACAAGACUUCGAGGUUGGCUACUGAAUGUUGUAAAAAGUAA